AUGGCGGAGCUUGAACGAUAUCAAGUCGACCGUCGAGCAGCUUUCGCCUUUGGGAUGGCCCAACGCGGACGUGUUCAUCCCUUGAAUGAGGACGAACUAAAGCACUUUCGCAAAGAAAAAGACGGUGUAUUCGGCCCAUCCCCAUGGGAUACACCAAAUCUGUCUACAGAGUUACCAUUCACCUUUGGCUCGCUUCCUAGCCCCGCGUCGGUAGAGAAUGCGAUCAAGAACGAUAUUGGAGGCGAAAAUCACUUUCGUUUUGCACCCUCACGCGGCUCACCAGGCGAAGACGCGACUGCCAUCAUGCACUUGCUUGACAAUAUCCAAACGCCGACAUACUCUGACCCUGGUGCUGUCGUACACAUGCAGUCACCUACCUUCAACCGGGCAUGGCGCUGGAUGCCGGGAUGGGAAAGUGAAGGUAUGCUAGGUCAAUCAGACUUCCUCUUGACGGUCGCUCCUGCAGGUGAGGUUUUCGAGCUGGAAUAUCAUGACCAUCAUUUCUCCACAACGCUCUUGACCGGUUCGAAGGUAUGGCUUACGUUUCCUCCGUUACAGGCAAACCUAGACGUCCUCCGCAAAGCAUAUGGGGAGAUGCAUGCUGCUAACACCUCGCGUGUUGCUCUGGGCAUCCUCGCAGAACUGCAACAUGGUAUUUUCAUCAUCCAGAAGCCAGGUCAAACUCUUCUUUUUCCACCAUUCUGGUCUCACAUGAUAUUCGAUACAGCGACCUCCGUAUCAUCCGGCUUCUUCAUAGCUACAGCCGCGCAAUACGUAUACCGUAUAAGGAACAUGGACCUUUGGCUGUCUCUCAAUCUCUUCUGGGAUUCAGCGGAAGAGCAACAGAAUCAUCUCGAGAACUAUGCUGCAGAACUUGCAACUCACUUCUCAACCAUCAUGACAGGCAACUUCAAGCGCUUCAAAGUCGCUAAUGUACAGAACGCCAUCUGCAGAGAAUGGGUCAAGACUGCACAAAAGAAAGAAACGGACUUUGAGAAUAUGAAAGAAAAGAUUGGUGGGCUGCUGGAGUUAAUUGACGAUGAAGGGGAAAGAGAGAAGAUUGACGAAAUGUUUCGAGUUGUGUGGAUUGAGUUUGUACAGCUGAAGCGUAAGAAGAAACCAGAAUGCCGACUCUGCCAUGUGCGCAUCGAGCACAUGCCUGCAGGAGAAACGCCAGAUGACCGGCUGGCCCGGCACGUCACCGACGUGCAUUGCAAUUUCUGA